AUGGAGCUCGAACGCGUGCGAGAGGAUCAGAACAAGAAGAUUGCGGGAGAUAAUAAGGCGGGGAAGUGGAAGUUUUUGUUGGCGCAAACCGAGGUCUUCGCGCACUUUUUGUCGGGGACGAAGGCGGCGAACGAGGCGGCGAACAAGGGCAAGCGCGGGCGCAACAAGAGCCACGCGGCGGAGGAGUCGGAGGACGCCGAGCUCGUGGAACACGCUGAGGAUUACCAAGCGGUGCGUUUGACGUCUCAACCGACGUGCAUUAAGUUUGGCAAGAUGCGAGAGUACCAAAUUGCGGGUUUGAACUGGAUGAUUCGAUUGUUCGAUCACGGCAUCAACGGCAUCUUGGCGGACGAGAUGGGUCUCGGGAAGACGUUGCAGACGAUUUCUCUUCUCGGUUACCUCGCCGAAUACCGGGGUGUUACCGGACCGCACAUGGUUGUCGUGCCGAAAUCCACGCUCGGUAACUGGAUGAACGAGUUUAAGCGUUGGUGUCCGAUGAUUCGCACGUUCAAGUUUCACGGAAACGCCGAAGAGCGCGAGGCGCAAAAGGCCAAGUUUUUGGUGCCGGGCGGUUUCGACGUGUGCGUGACGUCUUACGAAAUGGUCAUCAAGGAGAAGACUGCGUUGAAGAAGUUUCACUGGCGUUACAUCAUCAUCGACGAAGCGCACCGCUUGAAGAAUGAAAAUUCUCGUCUUUCCAUCGUCCUAAGAACGUUUUCGGCGAACAACCGCAUGUUGAUCACCGGGACGCCGCUUCAAAACAACCUUCACGAGCUCUGGGCUUUGCUCAACUUUUUGCUCCCCGAAGUGUUCGGUAACGCCGGUCAGUUCGAUGAGUGGUUUGCGAACGUUGAAGACGGUGAGGGUGGUUCCGGUGCCGUCGUGUCUCAGCUUCACAAGGUUUUACGCCCCUUCUUGUUGCGUCGAUUGAAGACGGAGGUCGAAACCAGCCUCCCGCCGAAGAAGGAGACAAUUCUCAAGAUUGGCAUGACUGAGAUGCAAAAAACGUUUUACAAGCGCAUCUUGCAAAAGGACAUCGACAUUGUUAACAGUGGCGCGGAUAGAUCUCGGCUUUUGAAUAUCGUCAUGCAGCUUCGCAAGUGCUGCAACCAUCCGUACUUGUUCCAAGGUGCCGAACCGGGUCCGCCGUACAUCACCGGGGAUCACCUCAUCGAGAGCUCGGGUAAGCUCGCGCUUUUGGACAAGCUUUUGCCUCGUCUCAUGCAACGCGGCAGUCGUGUGCUGAUCUUCUCUCAGAUGACUCGUUUGCUCGACAUCUUGGAAGAUUACUUGAUGUACAGAAACUACCAAUAUUGUCGCAUCGACGGGAGCACGGAUGGCGCCGUCCGCGAAGACCACAUUGACGCCUUCAACAAGGAAGGUUCGGAGAAGUUCUGUUUCUUGCUUUCCACGCGGGCGGGUGGUUUAGGUAUUAACCUCGCCACUGCGGACACCGUCAUCAUCUACGACAGCGACUGGAACCCGCAAAUGGAUCUUCAGGCGAUGGAUCGAGCGCACCGCAUCGGUCAAAAGAAGGAGGUACAAGUGUUCCGCUUUUGCACCGACGGUAGCGUCGAGGAGAAGGUGAUCGAGAAAGCGUACAAGAAACUCGCGCUCGAUGCUCUCGUCAUUCAACAAGGACGAUUGCAAGAGAACAAGAAGAACCUCGGCAAGGAUGAACUCUUGGCGAUGGUUCGCUUUGGCGCCGAGAAGAUUUUCGACUCGUCGACGACGUCGAUCACGGACGAAGAUGUCGACGCCAUCAUGGCUCGCGGUGAAGAAGAAACCAAAGCACUCAAUAGCAAAAUGCAAGGUUUCACGGAGAAGGCCAUUCAGUUCUCUAUGGGUGCCGAGAACUCGCUUUACGAAUUCGAGGACGAAGACGACAAAAACGUCGCCGCGUUGCCAGAGGGCAUUGACAUGAAGACCAUCAUCAGCAGCAACUGGAUCGAUCCUCCCAAACGCGAACGUAAGAAGAACUACAACGAGUCUGAUUACUAUCGCAGCGCCAUGGCGCAAGCGGCUCGCCCAUCCAAGCCAAUGGGACCGAAGAUUGCCAAGCUGCAGCAAAUGCACGACUUCCAGUUUUACAACACCGCGCGAAUUCAAGAAAUUUACGACAAGGAUAAAGACAAGAAGAAGGAGGAAGCUAAAGCUGCGCAAGAUGAGGAGGCGCCCACUGAAGCGGAGGAAGACGAUCCCAACGCGCCUCCGGCGAUCACGGAGGAAGAAAAGGCUGAGCAAGAAUCGCUCCUCUCUCAAGGUUUCACAGAAUGGUCUCGCCGAGACUUCCAAGCCUUCUGCCGACUCAGCGAGAAGUACGGGCGCGAAGACGUGGAGUCUAUUGCGAGUGAGAUGGAAGGAAAGACUCUCAAAGAGGUCAAGGAUUACGCCGCCGUAUUCUGGAAACGUUACGAAGAGAUUGCCGAUCAUCCGCGCAUCAUCAGCAACAUCGAAAAGGGUGAACAAAAGAUUCAGCGUCAACACGACAUGCUGAAGGCUGUACGAGAAAAGAUCGCCAAGUACAAGAAUCCGUGGCGCGAGCUCAAGUUGACGUAUGGUCCGAACAAAUUCAAAUCGUUCACCGAAGAGGAGGAUAGGUUCUUGUUGUGCUCCAUCCCCGAAGUUGGCUUUGGGAAUUGGGACGAGCUCAAGGCGCAGAUUCGCCAGCACUGGCAAUUCCGAUUCGAUUGGUUCAUCAAAAGCAGAACGCCAAAAGAGCUCGGUCGCCGCGUGGAGACUUUAAUUUCUCUCAUCGAGAAAGAGGCUCAGGACAGAGGCGACAAGAAGCGAGACGCCGAAGCCGAAGCCGAAGCCGACGGGAGCGCGCAGAAAAAGGUGAAGGUUGAAGCUGAAGGCGUGACCGCGUAG